GUUGUGUGUGUGCAUGAGUAAGUUAGUGUGUUUGCUUGUGUAUGCGUGUGUAUGUGAGUGUGUGAAUAUAUAUGGAUGAUAAGUAUGUAGUUUGGUAGUUCUGUGUUUGUGUAUGUGUGUUUGCAUGUUUUCGAUUGUGUGUGUGAGGUUGUAAAGAUGGAGAUGGUCAUGUGGUUGUGUAUGUGUGUGUGUGUGUUUGUGUGUGUGUUAAUGCUUGUAUCUGUGGGAGUGUGUCUUGUUCCACCAUCUCAACACAUGGCUAUCUUGGGCUGAAGUUCUCUGAACUGCAGAAUAAAUCCUGCAUGGCCCCUGGGUCUAUUCCAGCUGCUGUGUAUCACUUACCUUACCUUCACACAGAAAAUGGGCCCCAAGCAGGCAUCAGAAAUCGCGCCCCUGCUUGUGUUAUUUUCAUAACUGAGUGGGAAAUACUCAAACCGUGUGACAUCAUUCCUCUCAUGCGACCCACCCGUGGCGAUCACAUUGAGGUCCAAUUAUGCCAGUGGGUAAAGAGUAAAGGAGGAGGAGGAUGUGGUGCUGGACUGGAUUGGAUGUCACCAUUGUUGCCCCGGUUAGUUAUUUUCUACUUGCGUGGGCGUUGAAGCCAAAACAGGAUGUGGUGGAGUGGUCAGUCUCCAAGCUUUCUGUUCACAUGACAACCGUUUCUUGGGAGUCUAACGAAUGACAACGCCAGCGCAAUCAGUGACAGCCCCCCCCCACCCCCCACCCUUGAGUGUGGAGGUUAGGGGGUAGGGCAAACUCCCACCCGUAGAGGCUUUGGGAUUUGCUGUUGUUGACCUCGUGUUGAAUUGAGCUGCCUUUGAAGUUCAAUGACUUCUUGAAGCGUUGAUGCCGGGUUUUUCAAACAGCAACAGCUGGUUGAUUAUGUACCAGAUCGGCCAGCUGUACAUGAUCAGCAAGCACAGCCAUGAGCAGAGUGAGCGUGGCGAGGGCGUGGAGGUGGUCCAGAACCAGCCCUACCUGGACCCUGAGCACGGCCAGGGACAGUUCACAGAGAAGCGGGUCUACCUCAACAACAAGCUGCCCAGCUGGGCCAGAGCCGUUGUCCCCAAAAUCUUCUAUGUGACCGAGAAGGCUUGGAACUACUAUCCAUAUACCAUAACAGAAUACACUUGCUCAUUUCUGCCCAAGUUUUCCAUCCACAUAGAGACCAAGUAUGAGGACAACAAGGGAAGCAACGGCAAAAUCUUUGGCGGUGAGCCAAGGGAGGAGGAGACGGAGGUGUGUUUUGUGGACAUUGCAUAUGAUGAGAUUCCAGAGCGCCACUACAAGGAGUCUGAGGACCUUCGGUACUUCAAGUCUGAGAAGACCAACAGGGGGGUGCUGAAGGAGGGCUGGAUCGAAAGCCAGGAGCCCAUCAUGUGUUCCUACAAGCUGGUCACAGUCAAAUUCGAGGUCUGGGGGCUCCAGACCCGGGUGGAGCAGUUCGUUCACAAGGUAAUCCGAGAUGUCCUGCUUCUUGGACACAAGCAGGCGUUUGCCUGGGUGGAUGAGUGGAUCGACAUGACGACGGAGGAGGUGCGGGAGUACGAGCGUGCCACCCAGGAGGCCACCAACCUCAAGAUCGGCACCUUCCCCCCGGCCAUCUCCAUCAACGACACGCCCCUGCCCUCCAGCGCCCAUGGUCCCAGCAGCGCCCCCACCACGCCCCUCACCACCGAGCCCCCCGACUUCCUGGCCGUGCCCAAGGACCGCCCCAGGAAGAAGUCGGCGCCGGAGACCCUGACCCUGCCCGACCCCGCUCGCAGGAACUCUGGGUUCCGGCUGCCCAGCAUCUUCUCCUGGAACUCCCCCCCACAGCCGGAAUGAGAAUGAGGCCCCCCCACACCCGCUCUGGUGUUGACCCUGCAACCACCAACACCACUGCCACCACCACUACGCUGAGGGCCCUCUGUGUGCCACUCCACAGGGAUGAAGAUGUCCGUCCAGCACGUUUCACUGUGAAUAUGUUUCCCCUUUGCAGCCAGUGACAGUGAGUAGAGAAGACUUCUCGCUGUGUGCUUGGUGGGCCCUCACUUCUCCAACCCUCCUUCCCUCCCUCCUUCCCUUCCUCCAUCCCUCCCUCUGCCCCUUGUGGUCAUAUCGUACAGUAUUGUGCACUUCUACAAGGGGGUUAUAUCAGUAUAGUUGUAAAGAUCUGAUCUCGUAUGAGCCCUCCCAUCACUCUAAAUUAUUUUCCCAGUGACCAUCCCUCCCACCUCCUUCCCUCCCUCCCUCCUUCCCUCCCUCCCUCGUUCCCUCCCUCCAUCUGUCCCUCUGCCCAUUGUGGUCUCCUUCGCAGAUCAGCUGGUGUCCGAAUACCUUCAGCCGUCUCCACCUAAGUGGGAUUCUAACAGUGUGCUCCUUGGCAGAGGGAGACCUCCUCCACCUCCAACUCCUCUCUAGACAAGGAGUCAGUCGCCCUGAUGGGGAGUUGGGCAAUGUGUACCAAUCGUUUGAAUAUGGUACGCUACAUGUUGGUGCAUAUCGUACAGUAUUGUGCACUUCUACAAGGGGGUUAUAUCAGUAUAGUUGUAAAGAUCUGAUCUCGUAUCAUCCCGCUGACUUCUCAGCCCAGCUCUUGUUUACCAGGAAAGCUUAACGAUUGAUUGAUUGUAAAAAUAACGAGGAUACUGGCGCUAUAUUUUAUUUCAUGCUUUGCAUGUUUCUACUUCGAAGUUGUUACUUGUGAUCUGAGAUUUCUAUGCGGAUUAUUAGACUGUGGAAAGAUUGCUUAGGCUAUUGACUAUUGAAUUUAUUACAGUAGGGACUUUUUCUCGAAAAAGUGAUGUGAUUGUUUUCGUGUAAAUAUGUAAAGAGCUAUUGAUUUGCCGUUUGUUAAAAAAAGCCUGUUUUCAUGCUGCUAUGAAAUUACUUACGCAUUUUAGAGAAAGGCUUAUGCUCUCACUUUCCUCAAUGUCAUCAAUGGAGUAAAGCCAUGUAUAGUUAAAAUAGCUCUAGGUCACACUACAUAACCGAUGCUUGCAUUCACAUAUUUUGCAAAUAAAUGUAUUUAUGUUAUUCUCUCUAUGACAUCAGUGGAAUAAUUUCUGGAUGUUGGGAUUUAUUCUAUUGUUCGAUCAAUUGGUACAUUGUUAAUUUGUUGUUUUACCAGCAGUUGUUUUUUUCUGACGCAUUAAUCCAUUUCAACCAACACUGUCCUGUUCUUGUUGUGUUUUGUAUUGGCAAAAUAAAAAUAUUGUUGAUACUUAUUAUGUGAUCUUUAAAUUACACUCCUCCUGCCGUCUGGGCUACAAUUAUUGUUUAACAAUAAUUAAAAUUAUAUAUAAUUUAUAUUAUUUUAGAUUAGUUUGUCAAUUUUGACCUUCUAAAGAAAAAACUAACCUUGUAUAUAGAUUUUCAUUUUUGUAUUUUGAAACAAAAAUCUUAAUUACAACUCGUUUUUUUAUAUAUUUUUCUGUUCCUGAAAACGAGAAUCAAAUGACAAUAUUGUAGCGCCGGGGUUAUGUUUGUUGUUUUGUUAUACGACUGCUAUUGGUUGAUGUGUUCCCAUCAUGCUUUGCGGUGCGGAAGUUAGGGGAGGAGUUAAAAAGUCGUUGAGCUUUGUUGUGGUUACGGGGUGCUGUUGAGCUUUGUUGUGGUUACGGUGGACUCGGGAUUUUUCAAUAAAGUCACUGAAAGAAUA